AUGUUCUCUGAGAGAAUUCACGUGGAGGGGACUGGGACAGAUGCUAUGACUGCAGCAGUAUGGAAGAAUGGGAGGAUGGAUGGACCCGUAAGGGUCAGGAGUCAGCUCCACAACGAGACCAUCAAGAAUCUGGUGCUGUGGUGGCAAGUCACGGCUGAACAAGCGUUUAGAAAGUUUCUCCAACUCUUCGACCGAGUGUUGGUUGCAAGGAGUGUGGCCGAAACUGUAACCAAAGGUGGCAUUAUGCUUCCAGAAAAGUCUCAAGGAAAAGUAUUGCAAGGAACAGUAGUGGCUGUGGAAUCAGGCUCAAAAAAAAAAAAGAGUGGAGAGAUUUAACCAGUCAGCGUGAAAGUUGGAGACCAAGUUCUUCCAGAAUAUAGAGACACCAAAGUAGUUCUAGAUGACAAGGAUUAUUUCUUAUUUAGAGACCAUGACAUCCUUGGAAAGUACGUGGACUGA